AUGUUGCAUAUCUGGAAAGCUUCGGGAGAACUCUUGCAGGCCACGCCCGCCAACGAGCUUUCUGAUGUACGCGCUCUAAAGAGGCAGCUCUGCCAGUUGACCGGGGUACCUCGAUUCCGACAAAGGAAGGACAGCGCUAUCCUUGAGGAUGCAGCCCGGUUGGAUGGGCCGGCUGACUUGCAGCUACUUCAGCUGCCAUUCUGCAGCACAUCCUACAAACAAGUGAUUGAGCUGCACGAGGCUGUUGAAAAUGGCAACGUGUCCGUGGUCGAGGACAUUUUGCAGCGACCACAAAAUCCAGAGCUACAGCUGGAAGAUGGGUCGGAUUGGGAUAGUGAUGAGGAUGGCAGCGUUUUAGAUGAUUACAGGCAUGCCCCACUGACUGUUGCAUCUCGCGCGGGUCGUACGGAGAUUGUCGAGAUGCUCCUUGAAGCUGGCGCAGACCAAGACGGCCUCUUUGAGCUGAACAGACAUGACGCUUACACUCCUCUCUGCGCUGCGUGCGACUGUGGCAGCCAGGAGAUCGUUAAUUUACUUUUGAAGUCAGCAGCUCAGCCAAAUGGAAUUUCCAAAAACGGCGCCACAAAACCUUUGUGUGAAGCAGCCAGGUCCGGCUGGCUGAACAUUGUCCGCACGCUUCUCGAGGCUAAUGCUGACAAGGAUGCCAAGGACGCAGCAGGGGAGACUGCCCUCUGCAAGGCAUCGCGACAUGGCCACUUGAAUGUCGCAAUAUUUCUUUUGGACGUGAGGGCCGACGUAGAUGCCGUGUCUGAGGUUGGCGACGAGCUUGCUUGGCAUCCGAACCGGUUCGGUGAAGCACCAAUUUCGGCGGCAUCAGAAAUGGGCCAUGUAGAUGUGGUUCGCUUUCUAUUGUCAGCUCAUGCAUUUGUAGAGGCACGCAAUGCAAAGUGCCGGACUCCACUGUGGACGGCAUCAUUCUACGGGCAUUUGGAGACAGCGCGUUUGCUUCUGAAUGCAUUUGCUGAGCCGGAUGUAUUCGAUAGACAUGGCCGAACUCCUCUGUGCGCCGCAUGUUUGGCUGGCCACCUAUCUGUGGCAGCUUUGCUUGUAGAUGUUGGUGCUGACAGGGAUGCCUUCGAUGAAUUGCAGCUGAUUAUGACGAGCGGCGGUUUCUCACAAGGGCACGACACCUCCUUGGGGGCCCUCUAUGGGCGGCGACAUGCCGUGGCGACGUGGAGAUGGUGCGUCUGCUUUUGUCUGCUAGUGCGAAUACAGAGUCGAAAACUCGAAAUGGCGAAACCCCCCUCCUCGGAGCAUCGCGUGAACGCCGCACUGAAAUCGUGCAGUUGCUCUUGCGAGCAAGCGCUUGCCCGGAUGCUGGUGAUGAUCACGGUGAGACACCUUUGUGUGCAGCAUCAGCCGCUGGCAGCCUGCCUGUCGUGCGGUUACUGUUGGAGGCUGGCGCAGACCCGACCCUUCCAAACAACAGCGGUGGAACGCCUUAUCGUACAGCGGCAAAUGCAGGCCAUGCGCAGGUUUGCAAGUUGCUGA